CCACUACACUCCAAUGGCGCUACUUGUAGUAUAGAAGAAUAGUAGUGCUCCGCUGCCACCAGGUCCACCCCAAAAACACACGGGGCACAAGGAGGCCUGGACCCUAAUUCAGUUCUUUCCUUUCCGGCCGUCCAGCGCCGGCAGCAGCCAAGGCUGGGGCAGAUCGAAUCAGCAUCUCGGACGCCGCCCGGCCGCCCGGCCGCCCGUCCGCCGGACAUGAAUGGCCGGCCGGUCUUCGUGCUCUUCGGCUCCUCCAUCGUGCAGUACAGCUUCAGCAACGGCGGAUGGGGAGCUACCCUCGCCGACAUCUACGCUCGCAAGGCUGAUAUUGUUCUCAGAGGGUAUAUUGCGUGGAACUCAAGGCGGGCUCUUCAAGUCAUGGACAAAGUUUUCCCCAAGGAUUCAGCAGUACAACCUAGCUUGGUGGUAGUUUACCUUGGUGGCAAUGAUUCUAUCGCUCCCCACCCUUCCGGGCUUGGACCUCAUGUGCCGCUUGAGGAGUACAUAGACAACAUGAGGAAGAUAGCCGAGCACCUCAAGAGUCUUUCCGACAAGACUCGUGUGAUCUUCCUAAGCUGCCCACCGCUCAACGAGGAGCUGCUCCGAAAAUCUACAAGCACUGCGCUGAGUGAGAUCGUGCGAACCAAUGAAACUUGCCGGCUCUACUCUGAAGCCUGCAUAUCUGUAUCCAAAGAGAUGGACAUCAAGGUGGUUGAUCUUUAUAACGCCAUACAGAAACGAGAUGACUGGGCGACGGCAUGCUUUACGGAUGGGCUGCAUUUAUCAGAAGAGGGGAGCAAUAUAGUUGUGGAAGAGAUCCUGACGAUCCUCAAGGAGGCAGAGUGGGAUCCAUGCCUGCACUGGAAGGCAAUGCCUACUGAGUUCGCGGAGGACUCACCCUAUGACCUUGUCACCUCCAGCGGCCUAUCUACCAUCAACCCAUCCGAGUGGUUCUACCACAGGAAAUUAUCAUGGGAAUGAAUGAAUCAUGAAGACAUCUCAGAUGUAGCAGCAUGAUUGUUUCUAUAUGAAUGACAUUGUGUGUUGAUGAAUGGGCGGUCGCUUUGUUGCUCAUCAGAUGGAAGAGCAUGAUAAGAUUUUGCUUAUUUGGAAGGAUGCAUUGUGUUAUAGAACCAAUAAUGAACAUUUUUUAGUUGAA